AUGGCUGACGAGCAGAAGGUGUUUAUCCCGCCCAAGCGGGUGGACACAGACUACCCGAUUAUCGACACAGACCCUCACUGGAGAAGAGCCUUCGGAUAUGCAAGAAGAGAAGACUGGUUAUACGGAGCCGGAAUGGCAGCCGUGGGUCCGGCUUUCAUGCUCGUCACGGAACGCUACGCACCCUCGUUUUCCGGCAGAGGCGCAUUUCCCAUGGCCUUUCGACUUGGGUGUGCCGUACCACCCGCGAGAACAAAUUCGCGCACCGGAGUCGAUGAGCGUGGGCUGAUGAAGAUGGCGACGGCAGUGAGAUUCUACGGCUGGACGGAAAACGAACGAGAAGUCAAGAUGGACAUGAGGGAGAUGGUGGAUAAAGUUAAGAGGGGGGAGCCGCUUUAUGGCAAGUCAGACCUCACCCCGUACAUGCAAGGUGUGGCGGCGCGGAACAGCAGAUACUCGGCACUGAUGGCAAAUGUGGUACCAUGGGCGAAUUUUGUCAACCACAACCAGCACGGUGUGGACACCGCCAAAUACUAUCAGCAAGCAGAGCGAGAGUUGGAAGCUGAGAGAUUAUCGAAAGGUGGCAAGUGA